AUGUGGAGAGUGACCGCCUUCAUUGGGAGCACAAUCAUCACGUCUCAAACCAUCUGGGAAGGAAUUUGGAUGACCUGCAUCGUCGAAAGCACCGGACACAUCCAAUGCAAGCCCUACGACUCUAUGCUAGCGCUAACGUCCGAUCUCAUGGCUUCGAGAGCGCUUAUGGUUUUAGCCGUCGUGACAGGAGCUGCUGGGCUAGUCUUGGCGUUUGUUGGCGGGAAAUGUACGAGAUUUUUGGAUAACGAAGGCCCUGAGGCGAAACGGAAAGUCGCAAUCGCCGCCGGUGCUGUUUUAGUCGCUACUGGAGUUUUCACGUUUAUACCGGCGUUGUGGGCGGCCGGCGAAGUGGUCCGGCAAUUCUACAGCGUGGCGAUCGAUGCGCAGAAGCGGGAACUUGGCGCAUGUCUGUACAUCGGUUGGGGGUCAGCCAUCUUGCUAAUACUAGGAGGAGGGCUGUUUAUAACCUCGGCGUGCAAACCCCAGGCUCACGACACGGACAAGAACCCGUCGUUGAGGUAUCUGGUGGUCCGGUCUUCCAACGGGUCGCAUCCCAGGCUCCCGUCCGUCCAGAGUCAUCCGGUUGGAGCAAUGUCACGAUCGCAAAGCUACGAACAACCCACCAACAGGUCCAACUUCUCGCACACCAGGCCAGCAAUGGCGGAUGAGACCAGGUUGGAGUCGGACAGAUCGUGGACGCCAUCUUCAAAAAUCGAAAUGAAGCGACCCGGAUCGGCAAAAUCGGAGUUCAGCGAAGCAUCCACAACAAAGUCCCAGUUGAAAAGAGCAGAGUUAGACGAAGUGGAAGAUCUGGCCCAAACCAACAACGAGGAUGCGUUGAUGAACCCAGCCAAGACGUAUUUAUGA